GUCGCGUUCAAUGGACGAGAUUAAACAUGGCACCGCUAACGAGAGUACAACACGAUCGCAUGAAGGAAAAUCGUAAGAAAUCACCUAGUGAGACAGACAUUGAAUUUAAGUGAGAACAAUACUAGACAGGCCCUGGCUGCCAUCAUUUGUAGCUCAUUGUGUCCAUUGAGGCUCCUGGAGCAUCAAAGAUUGCAUAUGGUGAAACACUGAAAGCAAUACAGAUUGCGUUAGAUGAGACCCCAGAGGCCAGGUUAACUGCAUUGGAUGUGGUACUAAACCGAUUUUACAUUGUGUUGGGUGAGACAGCCUCUUAGCUGUUAGAUAACGACCUGAAAAAUGACUGCAGGACACUUUAGGAGCAGUGCUUGGGAUCCAUUUCUAAUAAUUGCUCAGAUUAUUUCCAUGCAGAGUGCUUUCUAUGUGGGUCUAGGAGUCUGGAUUGCUAUGGUGGACUUUGUUGCAGGAGCAGAUAGGUCACUGGAACAGUUUUUUAAAUAUGAGGAACUUCAGUUUAAAGAAUUCACAGGAAGAUUAAUCAUGGGUGCUUUUGUUUUAAAUUCUUUAACAUGUGCAUUGGGCUUGUGGUACACAGUCAAGAGGACAAAGCUUUGUUUAGACUUUGCCAGUACCGUCCAUCUUAUCCACUUGGUGGUGUGCUGGGGAUACAAUGCAAGGUUUCCUUACACAGUCUCCUGGUGGCUAGUGAACAUCAUCUGUAUAGUACUCAUGACUGUUCUGGGAGAGUUCUUAUGUAUGAGAAGUGAACUAAAAGCAAUACCAUUGGGAAUGGGACCCAAGGCAGAUUUAUAGCUCUGGACAUGGGUAACUUAUGGCUUAAAUUUUUGGAUUUAUUUUUGACAUAGAAGAAAUGUCGUUGGGUUGCUAGCCAGGAGAAAGAAGUACUGGAAAGAUGGGAGGAUUUUAAAUUGGAGCCAAGGCUUUGCUUGUCACAUGGGGGAAAAGUUUUGGUUGCUGUGGACAUGGAGACCAUACCGUUGAAAAUAAGUUUGAUGGUUGUGGACAUGGACACAAUAUCAUUCAAUCAUUGGAAAAAAGUUUGGUGUCUCCCUGAAUAUGUAUGUGUAUCUGAACCCUCUACAGGGGUAAUAGAAAUAUGGCACUGUUUUUAAGAGGGCCUGCAUCAAUGGAUACACGCAUGACAGGACAUUUCCAUGACUGUGUCACUGGAAUGUCAUCUAAAACAUGGUGAAGAUUAAGUCAGUUGGAUUUUCUUGCAAUGGUUAGAAUUUGCUGGAAAUAUACUUCGAUAUACUAGUUUAUUGUAAUGUUGGUUAUUUGUUUUCUUCAUUUGAAGUGGACUACUGAUAAGGUGGAUAGGAGUAAGACCCACAAGCUAGUGAAAAUGGGGACCUUAAGUUGAUGUUUAUGACACUUAUUUUGAUCAACCACACUUUAUAAAAAUUUACUGAAUGAAGUAAUUUAUUAUUUAUAUAUUAUAUUUUCUCUUUUGCCAAACUGAAGAAAAGAGGUGGUGACAACUCAGAAUGAAGUUGGUGUCAUAAAUUAUAUUCUCCUUUUCUCUGUCCACAUUGAAAAAAAGUUUUGCAGCAGAUUUGUAUUCUGUGAACAAUGCACUCAGAAAAUGUCAUAGUGCUUAAUGGGUCAUUUCACUGUAUUUUUCACCUGUUGAUCAUUUUACCCACUUUUGUACCUUAACGUAUAGGUAAAAAAAAAAAAAAGAUGGGGAGAUUUAAGAUGAAAAGUUUUGUAAGGGGAAAAUAGACCCUUGAAGGAAAAGAAGUGCAAUGUAUAUGAGGUUUACAGUUUGAGUGUUGAACACUGGUCACAAGUAAAGGACAGUGUUGAUCAAGGGUCAAUGGUACAAGGUGGCCAAGCCUUUUUUUUUAUUAGUUUGGCAAAUUGUUUCAUAAAGCUGUUCAAAUUAUAAUUAUAUUGAAAUUCACAUUCCUUUUCUUAUCUUUAAAAAACCUUUAAAGGUGUAGAAGUUGGCGAUUCCUUGUAAAAUUAGUUUGAUAUUGACUGCAUUUUUUUUUCUAAUUCGAAGAAAAUUGAAUUUUCUUCCAGGACCCCAUUGAUUUUUUUCU